AUGGGAUGGUCUUCGGCACCGCGAUGCUCGCCUGCCCUAGACGACGACGUCGCCACCGCCGCACCAGAGCUGAGCAAGAACUCCGUUGCAGGAAGCCGCUUCCAUCAGCUCGAGCUGCUCGGCGCCGGAACGUUCGGGGUCGUCUACCGGGCGCGGGACCGCCGCACGGGCGAGAUCGUGGCCAUCAAAUGCCUCCGCGCCAACUCCUCCGGCGGCCACAACAACGGCCGCUACUUCUCCGCCUUCGCUAGCGAGGUCAGCGCCCUCGAGAAGUGCAGCGGCCACCCGUCCAUCGUGCAGCCGCGCGCCUCCGGCCUCCUCGGCGGCGAGGCCUUCCUCGCCAUGGAGUUCGUGGGACCAACACUCAAGCACGUCAUCAAGCAUGAUCGCUUCAGGAGGAGACACACGGAGCUGGAGGUCCGCCUGUUCAUGAGGCAACUCCUCGCCGGCGUAAGGCGGAUGAACCGCCUCGGGCUCAUGCACCGGGACCUCAAGCCGGAGAACGUGCUCGUCGACGCCCGCGGAAGCCUCAAGAUAUGCGAUCUAGGGCUGUCGUGCAGCAUGGCCGACGGCCCGCCCUACUCCAACCCCGUCGGGACACCAGGAUACCGCGCGCCGGAGAUCAUCCUCGGGGCCACGGAUUACGACGAGCGGGUCGACUCCUGGGCUCUCGGCGUUAUCAUGGCCGAGCUCCUUGCCGGGAAGCACCCGUUCCAUGGGAGCUCGGACGCCGACCACCUCAGCGAGAUGUUAGACCUUCUUGGCACGGCGGACAUCAAGGAGUGGUCAGGUUACGAAGGCCGGCAGCUGCCCGGUGGAAGCCAACCAGAAAGCUUUCUACGCAUCAAGUUCCCCCCUCCAGCGGAGGGCAUGGGGAUCAGAGGCCCGCCGGCGCUCUCGGAUGCCGGUUUCGAGGUCUUGAGCGGCCUUCUGCGAUGCAACCCGGACAAGAGGCUCACGGCGGCUCAAGCGCUCCAGCAUCGGUGGUUCAAGGAGGCCACCUCUACCAUUACAAGGAGAUGA